ACCUAUAUUCCAUAGAAAAGCAAUAACUGGAAUUUGUUUGCACAAAGAGAAAAUAAUGAAGCCAGAAAAAUAUUUCUUCACUGGAAUAACGGUAAUACAAUUAAAGAGCUAAAUUAGCUAAACUUCAGCCAUAUGUAUAUUUUAUAUUGCCAGAUUGUUGAUGUAUCGGUAUGGAUGUUGCAUAUAGCAAACUAAUGAAGAGUCAGUAGAACGUGACUUGAAGCCAGCUGAAAUAAACAACUCCUGUCACUGUAUGAGUGGAAGUCUGUGUUCCAGUUCUAUGUUCUGGAAGGUCCAGUCAAAGACAGGAUGUUUUUUUUUUUAAUUUUAAUAUUCACUCUCAAACUUUUGAAUAUAUGAGCUAUAUAUAUAGUUAUAUGGUCUCCUAAAAAAAAACCUUUGUUUACUGGUCUGAACAAUCAACUCAGACAUAUUGUGCAUGAAGAUAAUAUUUUACCAGGAGUAACAUAAGAAAUUAUUGCAUUGGAAGUUACCCAGCAGCACAAAAAAUUGCUACAAGACCCCAUGAGAUUACAUUUUUACUUUGGAGUAUUGAGAGUGGUGAAAUGAUAAAAAUGGAACAGGUGAUUGAAUGUCAAGAAGUUAUUGACCAUCUGAAUGUGUCUCAAACCAAUAACUCCUUUGAUGGAAGAAGUUGUGUCACAAGUCUAGACGGCUAUGAGCAGGAGGAUGUGCUGCCCUUCUCACAGAUCGUCUUAACAGUUAUCUUAGCUCUAAUUACUUUAGCCACUUUAUUGUCCAAUGCAUUUGUAAUUACAACAGUCUAUCAAACCAGAAAAUUGCACACACCGGCUAACUAUCUCAUAGCUUCACUGGCAUUUACAGACCUUUUAGUAUCGAUUCUGGUUUUGCCAAUUGCUAUUGUAUAUACUGUAACUGGUAAGUGGACUUUAGGGCAGAUUAUAUGUGAUAUGUGGUUAUCAUCAGAUAUCACUUGUUGCACAGCGUCUAUCCUCCAUUUAUGUGUCAUAGCUCUGGACAGAUACUGGGCAAUCACUGAUGCAGUUGAAUAUACCAAGAAAAGGACUCCUAAAAGGGCAGUUGUCAUGAUAGCUCUUGUGUGGGUAUUCUCGAUCUCAAUUUCAAUGCCGCCUCUUUUUUGGCGUCAGUCCAAAUCAGAAGAGAUAGCAGUUUGUUCAGUAAAUACUGAUCAUGUUUUGUACACAGUGUAUUCCACUGUUGGAGCAUUCUAUAUUCCCACAUUACUGUUAAUAGCUCUUUAUGGAAGGAUCUAUGUUGAAGCCAGAUCUAGAAUUCUGAAACAAUCUCCUAAAACCACUGGCAAGCGACUGACAAAGGCUCAUCUAAUUACUGAUUCCCCUGGUUCCUCAUCAGUGUCCUCCACAAACUCAAGGACUCCUGAGAUGCCAAGUGAUGCAGGAUCUCCAGUGUAUCUAAAUCAAGUCAAAAUUAAAGUAUCUGAUGCUCUCCUGGAGAAAAAGAAGAUUAUGGCUGCCAGGGAAAGAAAGGCUACAAAGACUUUAGGAGUUAUUCUUGGAGCCUAUAUUGUCUGUUGGUUACCCUUUUUUAUUAUUUCACUGGUUAUGCCAAUUUGCAAAGAUGCCUGCUGGUUUCAUCCUGCAAUUUUUGACUUUUUCAAUUGGCUGGGAUAUCUCAACUCUUUAAUAAACCCAAUAAUAUAUACCAUGUCUAACGAGGACUUCAAGCAAGCUUUCCACAAACUGAUAAAUCGUUUUAAAUGCCCAUCAUGAAUUUUGUUUCCUUUUAUUUCUCAGUGAGACAUAAAUGCACUUGUUUGGGUUUGACUUUCAAGAACCAAGUCGAUAUUGUAAAGAAUCACUGCCUGAAAAACACCCCAUCCUGAGUUGUCAGACUCAUGAAUUCUGCUCAGCGCAAACGU